UUCACUACUUAAUGAGGAUCCACUCAUCCUUGAACGAGCCUCAUUAGACAGCAUAGCAGAGACUUGCCUGCAUAUUGCAGCACUGGCUGGAAGUGUGAAUUUUGUGAAAGAGAUUAUGAGUUUGAAGCCUGAAUUGGCUAAGAGGGUCAACAGGGACGGGUUUAGUCCAAUUCACAUGGCUUCAGCAAAUGGAUAUUUAGAGAUAGUGAAAGAGCUUUUGAUGAGUAACAAAGAGCUAAGUCGACAGAAGAGUGCUGAUGGAAGAACAGCUAUCCAUUUUGCUGCUAUUACAGGGAGAGUAGAUGUGUUGAGGGCUCUGAUCAACACUUGUCCUGAAUGUAAGGCUGAUUUGACGGAUCAAGAUGAAUCUGCACUUCACGUUGCAUUGAAGAACAACCAGGUUGAGCCUUUUGAAAUACUUUUGGGAAUGCUCAAGGAGAUCAACACUGAAGAAAUAACGAGGCUUGUGAAUACCAAGGACCAUGAUGGCAACACAAUUUUACACAUUGCAGUUGCCAGGAAGCAACUUCGAGCCGCAAAACUGUUGCUUGACCAAGGAGGGGUUGGUAGCAUUUUUAAAGUAGAAGUGAAUUCCAGCAACGGAAGUGGUUACACAGCCCUGGAUAUGUUAUUCCAUUCAAGACGAAUUGUGGAUGAUCCUAUUGAUCAUAAGAUUCGCAAGAUGCUUCAACAAGCAGGGGCAUUUAGAAGUGAAGAAAUAAUUGUAGCUGUUACCUCAACUGUUGCUACUCAUCAAGUUGACCAACCAACAACUUUUGAUUCGUAUCAAGCUGGAGAAAAUAAUUCAACUAGUCAUCAUGUUCCUGAAAACAAUCUAGCUGAAAAUUUGUGCUGUAAAUAUGACCUUUUGAUGCCUUGGAAAUUUAUGUAUAAGGAGGUUUCAUCAUUGUUUAUCUGGAAGAUAUGGUCAACCUUAACCCAAGAAAUUGAAAACUCAACUCCAGAGAUGCGAAAUUCACUUAUGGUGGUGGCUGUUCUGAUUGCUACUGUGACCUACCAGUCAGUUCUUAGCCCUCCAGGUGGAUAUCGAGAAUUCAAUGGAUUCGAAGAUCCAGAUCAAAUACAUUCAGAUGGAAUAUCUAUCAUUGCAUCUGAUGCACUGAUGUUCUUUUUUGUUAUAUUUUUCAGCUCUAUAGGAUUUUUCCUGUCAGUUGUCAUAAUCCUCAUGCUCACUAGUCAGUUUCCUCUUAAACUGUUGUUGCGGCUUGCUGUACUUGCCGUGUCUGCAGAUUUCGUCUGUACAAUUUUGUACAUAGCACCUAUAGAAUUUAGCACCAUAUAUGUAGUGACAAUGGUCAUGUUUGUUCUUGUGGGGAUACACCUUCUUUACUUCAUCUCAUGGAUGUUCAGAAGGUCUAGGAUGGCAGGUAGAAGAAAGCAAGCUCAGGGUUAGAAACUGGGUUUUAUUAGUUGGGAGGGUGAACUGUUGUUUUAAUCUGCAGAAACUAUUAGCUAUUCUUCACCAGGAACAGAAUUAAUUUGGUUAUGGAUGAAAUCUCUGGAAAGUGGCAACUUACUUGAAUUCAUUUCUUGUCUACACCUUAAAGAGCUAGAAAAGCAAUUUUUUUCUUUUUCUUUUUUGAUUGGACAUCAAUGCUGGGACUAAUCUAGUCCUUG